AUGACCAAGACAGCCAUGAGCUUCUUUGAUGGAUUACUGCUUCUGUUUUGCAAGAUAGCGCGCAAAAAGACAUGCCCAGAGGUCGAGUGGUGGAAGCAGGAGGUCAUGCUCAAGAUUGCAGGAAGAGAUAACAAUGCUGACCUGGUCUUUGGCGUCAAGAUGGGCACCGUGCUUCAGAAGAACCUUGACCACCUCGAGAUUGUUGUACCGGCAGGCCACGAGCAAUGGAGUGUCGCAGAACUGCGAUUCACAGCCAUCAGUUGUGAUUAUUCCACAGUCUUAGUGAGAGCGCUGCUACUGUGA